AUGGAUGCCGACAAAUACCUUAAGAAGGUUGGACUAUGGCGUGACGAUAUGUUCUUUUGGAAACAAGUUGGUGAUACAGAGGCCAUAGAGGAUUUUGUUGCAAAGGGAGGAAUGGUCGGCACAAGGAUUGGUCCUAAAGGGAUUGUUGAAUCCGAAGGUGAAGCUGAUAACUACCAGAAAGAAAUGGAGAAGAAAAUGUUUGACGAAGAGGCUCAGAUCAAUCUUUGA